CUACCAUUUAUGAAGCUGUGAAGGAGACACUGAGGAGAACAGCAAGGACCAUUGUGUUUAUCAAGUCUACACUAUGCAUGGGACUGACUGACACAGUUGUGAAGCCUCCUCUCCACGAUGAAGAUGCAGGUAACUUUAUUUGUGGCUCUGCUGGUUCAUGUGGCCUCAGUUCUCUCCGAGCCGGAGUUUUAUUUGCCCAUCGACUGUGACCACAUCCAUCGCCGUGACAACAAAACCUCCAGUGGGGUGUACACCAUCUAUCCAGGAGGUCCCACCAUGCCCCUGAAAGUCUACUGUGACAUGGAAACUGACGGAGGAGGAUGGACGGUGUUUCUGAGGAGGAUGGAUGGGACUGAAACCUUCUUCAGGCCCUGGAGCCACUAUAAGACUGGAUUUGGGAAUGUGGCUGGAGAAUAUUGGCUUGGGCUGGAAAACAUCUUGCUUCUGACUUUAAGGAAAAACAAUGAGCUGCGGUUUGACAUGGAGGACUGGGAGGGAGGGAAGGCACACGCCCAGUACUCCUCCUUCUCAAUCGGUCUUGAGAACACUGGAUACCAGCUUCACCUGGGCACCUUUGCUGGUGGAACGGCAGGGGACAGUUUGUCAAAUCAAAACAACAUGAAGUUCACCACCUUUGACAAAGACCAGGACCUGUGGGAUAAAAACUGCGCGCAGCAUUUUCUAGGUGGAUUCUGGUACAAUGCCUGCCACAUGGCUAACCCCACCGGCAUGUAUGCACCUCAUGGCGCCAUCGGGUUUGAUAACGUCCAUGUCAUUUGGCAUGCGUGGAAGGGCUGGAACUACUCCCUCAAGACUGUUGACAUGAAGAUCAGAUCAACUGCUAAGUGUUCAUGCUCACACUAACCUAAUUAGCUAUAGCUUAAAAAGAUUAUGGUGAUACUUCAGCUUCCAUCAGGUGAGGAGCAUCAGUCAGAAUGUUUUAGCUCAACAGGUUGAAUUUUGUAA